GUUCACACACUUACAAACAAUUGGCAGGCCAUUAAUUGCACACAUAAGCAAACAUGGAAGUAUUCAUUGUGUUCCAAUAAUGGCAAUUAGCAUCUAUUAUAGAUCAAGGGGAGAAGGAAAUUGCAAACACCUUUAAUGUCGUGGCAAUGUGUUUAGGUGCAUGCAAACUUCCUUAUGUGAUAAUUAAAUGUAUAAAGAAAUUUAUGGGUAUAUAAGGUCUCAAAAUAUCUAAGAUUGGGGUGAUUAAAGAUGUUUUUUGGAAGGAGAUCAUAAAUUAAAGUGUUAAUUUGGAAUACUUUGCCAAACAGUUGUGUUGGAUACAUUACCUAGGACUGUAAUUUACAAAUUUACAUGUGAUUUUGUUACAAACAAGAACAUGAACUAAUGCCAUACAUUAUUAGUUAAUUAUAUUAUAAAUACUGUGCAUAGAAAUUGUUCUGGUGUAUUCUAGAAGUUGUUGAAAUGGACAUCAUGGAGGGAGUGACAGAGAUACAGAGGGUAUUACGCUGUCAUGACAGAGCUGUCAAACAGAUCCACAUUCUUAGUGACUACAUGAGGUCCCUGAGUCAGCAGACAUUCUCCAGCGCAAUGCGUGGCAACUUUGGCCAUGUGAUGGUGCUCAUGCUGCGCCAGUCCGUCGCCGAGGGAACACAGAAGAUGUUCAAGAUCUACCGCCUCCGCAAGUGGUUUAGCGUGCAGACUGUUGUCCACAAGUUAUCGCUGAGGUUCCACUGGGGUCAGGCCAUGCGUCUGCUCACGGAGAUGGACGGUCUGUACAGUCUGCCUAGCACCGGGAUAAUUGAUAAGGAGGAUGUUGCAGCUCAGCCAUGGGUCGUCAUGACAACUGAGUUCCAUAGAAACGACUGAGGGAUGGCGCUCAACCAUAGUGGCUUCUGAGGCAUAUCAGCGUUUGAAGUGAUGUUCAAAUUAUGAUCAGCAAAAUACUCCUGUCAAUUACUUGUUUUGCUAACGAGUCCUUGUUCACCAAUAAUGUGUGAGCUUUCAGCACUAGAAAACAAUGAACUUGUAUUUGUUUCUAUGACAAAAUUAAUCUGAUUUGGUAUCUUAAAUUGGAGAAAAGACGGUGAAGACAUAAACACUUGAUUCUUCUAUCAAUACAGAAAACAGAAUUUCCAUGGAUUUUUGAAAACCAGAAGUCAAAUGACCCCAUGCAUGUACUUACAGGGGUCAGGUGUACAUUUUUUAAGGGAUCAAAAUACUGAAGCAUAGAGUUAUUUUGUUUGUGCAUACAUAUUCUUUGUAAAUGUUUCCUGAUACAAAUGUAUAAAUUUUAGUGAAACACUAUGCUAUUCAACACAAUUUGUAUAAUGUAACAUGUAUUCUUGAUUUAGCUUUCCAGUAACAUUUGCAUCAUAAUGAUGUAAGGUAAAUAAUUUACAGAUGUCAGAAAUGAGAAAUUCACCAAAAACAUUACAUUAAAAAGCAGAGUUCUGCCUCAAUUGAAAUCAAUUGAUAUCCCUAGAAAAAUAUAGUUUUGGGUGCAUGUAUCCUAUAAAUGCUAUUUGUUUAACUUGUUAAUAUAAAAUGGUUUAAAUGCUAAACAAGUGUUUACAUUUCUUAAAUGCUUCAUAAGUUUCAACUAAGAACAAGAUAUAUAGAUUUAUCAGUUGUAUCUCGUCUAGCUCUUAAGUUGAAAACUUACAAAAAAAUAAAUAAUGUUAAACAUAGAUUACUUUUAUUAUUAAAAUUUUCUUGUACAAAAUAAUAAAACAAAUAAACACA